UUCCCUUGACACAUCUUAUUCCUUCAACGAAUUGAAAAAUGGCGUAUUCUUAUAUUAAUUGAAGAUUCGUAAACAAAAUUUGCAAGUUAUCGCUACUGUUCCUUUCAAGUGCAAGGGUCUCUAGGAUGUCACUGCACGACAUGGGAGAUGAGUUCAGUGCGGAUCAGUUCAACAUGGCUCUCAAGGUCGUACUCAAGGUCGAGAUACAGUCAUUGCUGGAUCGUCUAUCGCAGACAGGCGAGGAGACAGUGCUACUGUUUGCCAGUGCGGACGAUCAAUGUACUGACCACCUGGCCUCAUCCAGAGCCAAGAGCUUCGUGGAUACUUCUGACAUUGGGGCCAUCAAGGACAAGUUUCUGAACUACCUCAUGACAGGUUUCCUAGGAACAAAACACAAUAUUCCUUGUCGACCAACGCCACAACAGAAUGCUGUUCAAAUUCACCCACCAGUCACUAUGGGAACACAAAAGAAUGCAGGCUCUGUAAAUAUGCAGAUACCAGCGGGAAACAUGAACAUGCAGUUGAGUUGCCAGUCUGGAAAACGUCCUCUAGACCUAGUCUGUUCUCAGUCUGAGGCAGACGCGAAGAAACGAAAAUUAGACAAUGUUAAUGUGCAAGUGCAAAUGAACUCUCAGACAAAGAUUUUAAACCAGAGCAGCCAAGCCAGUGUAGCUAUCAAACCCCAGCCCCAAACUGCAACAGUAUCUGCCGCCACUACGCCUCAAAAGCAGCAGGUGUCAACAGCAGCUGCGAACCCAAAGUUGACCCCUGCAUCUCAGGCAGAUACUAAACUGAAGACAACCAAGGUCAUGACCUCUGGGGGGUUCACAGAAGAGCGUCUGUCUGACGCGGAGUUUAAAAAGUUCCUCCAGCAGUACAAGCCAGAAAUCCCAGACAGCGUUGAGGAUGACGACACAGUUUCCGGUUCCCAUGUCCAGCAGCCGGGGACCGGAGUAGCAGGGCAACAGCCACAGCGUAACUUUGGAAACGUAGCAAUAACUGUUUCAAAAUCUGGUGCCACGUUGGAUCUCAAACAGGCAGGGCCCAGAUCACCACAGCCUGUUCAAAAUAUUGGCCAGUCAGUAAAAAAGGAGGCUGUGAAAGAUACUUCUAACAGUGUGCAAAAUGUAAAGACUUUUCCAAGGAAAAUUUCAGACGCUUGUUCUAGUUCUGGGCAUGUCCAGGCUAAAAUGUCGCAUGAUGAUAGCAGUGCAAUGAAAACACCUACUAAAAAUGAGCUUGCUGGCACCAACAAAAUUGUUUCCAAGAUACCCUUGGACGAUAUAGAAAACAUAGACACUGAGACGCUAGUAAAAUUGGCAAAAGCCAAGUCCCUUGAAAAUAUGUCAGAAGCUGACAGACAAAUACAGGAAAAACUUGGUCAGCUGUCAUCUAAACUAUCUUGGGUGGUGGAGUAUCCAAAGAACUCGAAAGAUGGCGCCAGUGCUUCCAAACAGUCGCCGGGCAGCUCUGGCAGGAUGUCAAUGAUCGCAGCUAAUAUGAGCCUCAACAAGGAAGCUUCUAUGAUGACAGCUGGAGGAGAGGUGAGUUUACCAGAAGAGUAUAAUGCCUUUGAAGAUGAGGAUGAAGAGGAUGAGGAGGAAUAUGAUGAGGAUGAGGAAUUCAAUGAGGAGGGUCUGGAUGAAGAAGACAGGGAAGCAUUGAGGAAGAUCCGAGAGGAACAAAAGAGACGUGGCUUGACUGCAAUGAACAUAGGGGGUAACAUGAGGGGUCCUCACUUCAACAUGAACGAUCCUCGAAUGGAGGGUUUUCAUAUAGAACAGGACCAGGACUACGAAGAGGGGGAGUAUGAGUAUGAGGAGUUUGGUGAGGGAGAGGAGGGGACUUUUGCUGAGGGGGAGGGGGGUCAGGGGCAUUUUGCUCACGGUUAUGUGGACUCGUCACCUCAUAAAGAUAUGUUUCUCAGGAUGGGAUUGUCGAUGGCAAAGUGUUUGAUAUGUAAUAAAAUUGUGCGGAACUCUGAUAUGAAACAGCACAAUGAGAUGCAUGAACAAGAAAUUGAGGAGGAAGAGGAGGGGGAGGGUGAGGGUGAAUAUGAUGAGGAGGAGGAGGAAGAGGAGGAAAAUGGGGCGGGGAAGGGGGAGUUUGACAAUCAUGAAGCAGGGCAUUACGACCCGGGACAAGGCAAGUAUUCAGGGCAAGGGGAUUAUGAGGGGGAGGGGGAUAUGGAGGAAGGGGAAGAGAAGGGUGAUUACCCUGAGAUGGCUUACACAGAAGAAGGCAUGGAACAGGAGUACUCAGAUCAUCCGGAACAGCCGGACAAUCAGUUUACCGCGGAGCACGUGUUUACGGCUGAGAAAUUGGACACGGACAUUCUUGUGGCGGAGAAGAUUAACUCUGUGAAAGAGAAAGAACCGAAAGUGGAGUGCACGAUGUGUAGUAAGAAAUUAGCAAAUGCGCGGAAUUUGAAAAAACACAUGGAGAAAAUACAUGGUCAAUAGCGCACAUGUUUUCUGAUCAAGAGUUGGUUACGCAAAUAUCUCUGGGCAGUACUGCAUUAGAGUCUAUAAGAAACAGUGUGCGUGGCGACAAUUACAUGGACAGUAGUGCACAUGCACAGGAUUAGUGUUGGUCAUCAGAAAAGAUGCAUGAUCAAAGGAAAGAGUUGGUGAUACAAAUAGACUUACAGUAUCCAGAGUGCACAGGAAAGGUAUUGUGAUAAAGAGAAAUGGAGAGAUGUGCAUAUGCAUACGAAAAGAUGCAGUUCAUGAAGAAAUUUCUUGGAAUCUUCGUGACUGGUAGGCGCGAGUGUGGUUUGCACUGAUUUUGAUUAUGUCUUUACAGGUUCCAUAUACAUGUUAUCAUAAAUAUGGCGGCAUUAGUACUUUUCUGUACCUGGAGAAACAUUACAUGAUGAUCAGGGGAGGUAUUUGGGUUCACCUUGUAGUGUAUUGGUGGUAUUUAAUCAGAGGAACUGAUGAAAGGUUAAAAGACUUUGUGCAUGCAUUUUUUUUUUAAUUUACUUUUAAUUGUAAACAAAAUAAUGUUCAUAGAUUAUACACGUCUUCAGUCUUUACAGUGCUGUAUAAGAGCCAGACUCUUUUUAAAAAAUAGUAUAAUUGUUACACAUGGGGUGUGAUUUUUGCUGCAGAUUUCUAAUGAUACAUGUAUGAUUGAUGCAGGGACCAUUUCUGAGAUUCUUGUCAAUGUGUAGAAAAAUGUGGAUGAAGAGGAAGAGUACAAUUGAUUCUGCGCCAUAGGUCAUAAACAAACCGAAAAGUCCUAUUUUAAACCUAUUUAAAAACUUUCAAAGGAUUAUACCUGCAGCACUAUUUGUGAAAAGAGGUUUAUGGUGACCUUGUAAUGCACAGCAAGCUGGCAAAACUCAGUGGAUAGAGUUUGUCUCCCCUCAUGCUACUCAAUCACACCCUUGUUUCUCAGUUUUCUACACAAUACAAAGUGCUAAACGUUUUAUAUACCUUGAAAUGAAUUUAAGCAUGCUUGAUGAUUGGUUUUGUUUCUUUGAAAACUGGCAGCUAUUGAUCAUGUUAAAUUUAGAUCAGUUUUUCAUCAUUUAAAUAUUAUGUUAUUGUUAACAUAAUAUUAUUUUCCCUCAAGUUUAAUGUUUCUGUACAAAAAAUAUGCAUGAAUUUUAUGUCAGUCAUAAUUUUCCAGUACAAGUUUAUUAUCAUUAAUAAUGAUAAUAUUCAUUAAUUCAGAGGGCUGGAACAGUAUUACCUAUAUAUAAGCCGCACUCAAGCAAACCGGGCUUAUUGCAUGUGCAAAAAGUUUCGCGCCAUAUUAGCCUUUGCUUAGGCUCUGCACAGGAUUACAGCGGACAACAUAUCAGCUUUUAAAAACAAUUUCAUAUAAAGGAAGUCUCUGCUAAACGAAAAUCAAGUCUAAGCUCAAAGUGUUGUCCCUGAUUAGCCAGUGUGCACUUCAUAGGCUUUUCAGGGACAAUACUGUGUGAACAUGCACUUAGCCUGUUUUUUCCAGAGGCUGAUAUAUAAAAGUUAAAAAAAACGCAAUAUUUUCUAUUUUCUUCCUUUCUAUAUAUCUUGUUAAAUUGAGAAGUUGUUCUCUUCAGUCCUUUCCACAUUUUUUAUGGUAAAUUUCUUGUAUUGUUUAAUUUUAUUAUUCACUUCAUUCUUUUGUACAAAUUUGUAAAGCUUUCAUAUUCGUUGUAUACAUCUUGUACAUAUGCUAUUGUCAAUGAAACUUGUGCUGAAUAAUGUUAUUAGAAGGUAGAAAACUGAUGUUGUUUUGUUGUUGUCAAAUACUCUAAACAACACACCUAAUGUUCCUGAUUAAAUUGUAAGAUUUUUUUUAUUAUCUUGAAUUUCUACUUGAAAUUUCAGCUUUGAUUACUUUAUUUGUGUUAUUCAUAGUUGCAUUUAUAGCAAAACUUUGAAAAAAUACUAUAGGAUUUCAUGUUUUAUGCAGAGAUUUAAAUAAAUAAGUCCAUAAUUUUAAUUUGGUUCACCAAACUUUUUAGUUGAGUAAAAGGGCAUUUUUCAGUUUCAGUAAGAAUUUGGUAUUUUUUUCGUACAUUUGUUAAUUGUGUCAAAUACCAUCUUAAUUAUUUAUCAAUACUGACUACGACUGAGCACUAUUUAACAUCAGGAAAUUGAAGGUUACUUAUUUUAUUGGGUUGCCCACAAUAUCUUUAUUUGACCUUCCUGCAUUUGUGUGAUUUGCUUGUGUCAGUCGGUAUGCACAUGGUUAAAAUUAGCUGAACAUUUGAGGCAUGUAUUAUUAAAUUCGUUUGAAAGGCAUACAAGAUAAAGAUCGGAUAGGAAACA